AUGAUGCUGCGCCGGGACCAUACUCCAUUGUGCUUCUUCUCUUCCCAGGACCCCAGGAGCAAGCACAAGUUCAAAAUCCACACCUAUGGGAGCCCCACCUUCUGCGAUCACUGCGGGUCGCUGCUGUACGGACUUAUCCAUCAAGGGAUGAAAUGUGACACCUGCGACAUGAAUGUUCACAAGCAGUGCGUAAUCAACGUCCCCAGCCUCUGCGGAAUGGAUCACACGGAGAAGAGGGGGCGGAUUUACCUGAAGGCUGAGGUCACCGAUGAAAAGCUUCACGUCACGGUACGAGAUGCAAAAAAUCUCAUCCCUAUGGAUCCAAAUGGGCUUUCGGAUCCCUACGUGAAGCUGAAACUUAUUCCUGAUCCCAAGAACGAAAGCAAACAGAAAACCAAAACCAUCCGCUCCACGCUGAACCCCCAGUGGAACGAGUCCUUUACGUUCAAAUUAAAACCUUCAGACAAAGACCGACGACUGUCUGUAGAAAUCUGGGACUGGGAUCGGACGACAAGAAAUGACUUCAUGGGAUCCCUUUCCUUUGGCGUUUCGGAGCUAAUGAAGAUGCCGGCCAGUGGAUGGUACAAGUUGCUUAACCAGGAAGAAGGUGAGUACUACAAUGUGCCCAUUCCGGAAGGGGACGAAGAAGGAAACAUGGAGCUCAGGCAGAAAUUCGAGAAAGCCAAGCUUGGCCCUGCUGGGAAUAAAGUCAUCAGUCCUUCGGAAGACAGGAAACAACCUUCCAACAACCUUGACAGAGUGAAGCUCACCGACUUCAAUUUCCUCAUGGUGCUGGGGAAGGGGAGUUUUGGGAAGGUGAUGCUUGCUGACAGGAAGGGAACAGAAGAACUGUACGCCAUCAAAAUCCUGAAGAAGGACGUGGUGAUUCAGGAUGACGAUGUGGAGUGCACCAUGGUGGAAAAGCGAGUGCUGGCCUUGCUCGACAAGCCCCCAUUCCUGACGCAGCUGCACUCCUGCUUCCAGACGGUGGAUCGGCUGUACUUCGUCAUGGAGUACGUCAAUGGCGGGGACCUCAUGUACCACAUUCAGCAAGUAGGAAAGUUUAAGGAGCCACAAGCAGUAUUCUAUGCGGCAGAGAUUUCCAUUGGAUUGUUCUUUCUCCAUAAAAGAGGAAUAAUUUAUAGGGAUCUGAAGUUAGAUAAUGUCAUGUUGGAUUCAGAAGGACAUAUCAAAAUUGCUGACUUUGGGAUGUGCAAGGAACACAUGAUGAAUGGAGUCACGACCAGGACCUUCUGUGGGACUCCAGAUUACAUCGCCCCGGAGAUAAUCGCUUAUCAGCCGUAUGGGAAAUCCGUGGACUGGUGGGCCUAUGGCGUCCUGUUGUAUGAGAUGCUAGCCGGGCAGCCUCCAUUUGACGGUGAAGAUGAAGAUGAACUGUUUCAGUCUAUAAUGGAGCACAACGUUUCCUACCCAAAAUCCUUGUCCAAGGAGGCCGUUUCCAUCUGCAAAGGACUGAUGACCAAACACCCAGCCAAGCGGCUGGGCUGCGGGCUUGAGGGAGAGAGGGACGUGAGAGAACACGCCUUCUUCCGGAGGAUCGACUGGGAAAAACUGGAGAACAGGGAGAUCCAGCCCCCAUUCAAGCCCAAAGUGUGUGGUAAAGGAGCGGAAAACUUCGACAAGUUCUUCACGCGAGGACAGCCCGUCUUAACGCCGCCGGAUCAGCUGGUCAUCGCUAACAUAGACCAGUCUGACUUUGAAGGAUUCUCGUAUGUCAACCCCCAGUUUGUGCACCCCAUCCUACAGAGCGCAGUAUGAAACUCACCGGCGAGAGAAAACGCCCCCCACCCCCAGCCCCCCGCCCCCCAGCAGCGGGAAAUGAUCCUUAAGCCUAAAAUUUUAAGGCCGUGGCCUUGUGUCUUGUUGCACUUGGAGGCCUGAAAAUUAUAGGGUUAUUAGUCCAAAUGUGAUCAGCUGUUCAGGGUCUCUCUGUCACCACCAGGAACAUUAUUUUAGUGGAAGAUGACGUAAUGUACAGUGUCCAGUUUAAUUAUGUAGAAGUCACAUCUGGCUGUAGGUUGUAACCCUUCCUAGAAAGCAACAGACUCUUGCCCCUUUUUUGGUACAAUUUGAUAUAUUUUCCAUACCCUCCGUCUGUGGAUCUUCACCAUCGGGAUUCCCCAACCAGAGAUGUUAAAAUGAACCUGCCCCAGCCCACUGGGCUGGAAACAUCUCCACCCAAGACGUCUUUGGAACGAAAGCACAGGGCACCUAGAGAGAGAGCAGGGAGGGAUCGGGGGUCGGGGAGCCUUUGAAAUACCCUCUGCCUCCGUCCUCUGCCUCGACGGAAACAAUCCCUAGAAUCUAAGAGGCCAGGAUGGAACUAAUCACUGUCCCCAAACAUUGACACAUCGUAACCCAACCAUGGUCCAGUGGUUACCCUGUUAAAAAAAAAAAAAAAAAGAAAGAAAAAGAAAACCUCAGAUGAGUGUUGGGUGAAUCUGUCCUCUGGUACCUACUUGGUUGAUAACUGUCUUGAUACUUGCAUUCUUUUUAAGAGGCCAAAUCGUCUAAGGACUUUGCUAAAGAGCAUGUGAAAUCAUUUCAGAUCAAGGGCAAACCAUCGUGUGUGUGCGCGUUCCUUUUAAUCUCUGGGAGAUUAUUCUUCGAUCCAGGGUGCCAUCAGUAAUCAUGCCACUAUUCACAAGUGUCAUUAGCCAACCCCCCCCCAAUAUUUUGCUCCCAGUGUUGUUAUCCACCCCUGAGAGACUGAAGCGUGCACUCCAUCCCCUUUUGUACUUAUUUAUUUAAUAGGCUGCGGCGGUGUUGAUGGAAGUACGAUGUACGGUAACUUAAUCGGCGUGUUGGCUCUAGCGUCGGUCCCUACUGGUUGGUUUUCUUCCCUCCUCCAGCCCUUCAUGUCCACGUAGGGAUGAAAAACAAUGAGGUUCGGUUCCCAUUCCCGGUUCUUGUUGAAUGACACAUCUGGAGCGGUAGAGUCAGGAAACCUGGAAGCACAGCGGCUCAAAGACGUUUUAUCGCUAGAAGGAUUUUAAUAUGUUUUGCAAAUGCAUCAUGCAAUG